AGCAUGUGUCUGCGUGCUCUGACGUCGCUUUGAGAUAUUCCAUCAUCCUCUCUCGAACUUCUACCGUCGGCUCGGCGGACCCAUCGUCCAACCUCAGUCAUCGUCCUAACCGCUCAUCUCCAACCCGUCAAUUGGAUCGCUCAAGCAUCAAAAAUCAUGAGUUUGCUACGAACAAAUGCCGUCCGCUCGGCCCUCCGAGCUUCCAAGCAAGCAGCCGCGUCGCGAGCUGGUCUGGCUGGCGUGACUUUUACUCGCGGCAAAGCUACUUUGCCCGACCUACCGUAUGACUACGGUGCGCUUGAACCGGCCAUUUCCGGAAAGAUCAUGGAGCUGCACCACAAAAAGCACCACCAGACCUACGUGACCUCGUUCAACAAUUUCAGCGAGCAGAUGCAAGAGGCGUCGGCCAAAUCCGACAUCGCCACCCAGAUCGCCCUGCAGCCCCUCAUCAACUUCCACGGCGGUGGGCAUCUCAACCACUCCUUGUUUUGGGAGAACCUGGCGCCCAAGAAUGCCGGCGGUGGAGAACCUCCCUCCGGUGCGCUGGCCAAGGCAAUUGACGAGCACUUCGGCAGCCUGGAGAAGCUGAAGGGCGAGUUCAACAAGGCGCUUGCCGGCAUUCAGGGCAGCGGCUGGGCGUGGCUUGUGCAGGACAAGGUUACCGGCAAGAUCGCUAUCAAGACGUACGCAAACCAGGACCCUGUUGUCGGACAAUUCAGCCCGCUGCUGGGUGUGGAUGCCUGGGAGCACGCAUACUACCUGCAGUACGAGAACAGGAAGGCAGAGUACUUCAGCGCCAUCUGGGAUGUCAUCAACUGGAAGGCCGCCGAGAAGAGAUACAAGGCUUAAGACGUAGGACUGGUCAAUUGUACACGGAACGUGAAGGAGGUGCCAACAAAAGUACCAGAAUGUAGAGCAGAAACUGUGUUUAAUUCAUGGUGUUGCUUUUCUAGACAACCUAGCAUGUCUUACGUCUGAUGUCGUCCAAAGCAUCUUUCCACCUUAGAUGCGAGCCUAUUACUGUGACGUCCAUCUCAUGCUUUACUCUUCUAAUCAAGGAUGAAUCAAUCCUUUAAGUCGCCACGAGUUUCUUGAAUGAAUGAAGUGCUGCCGUGCAGAUCAAAAUCUGUUCGGAAAGUCGGCGG